CUCGCCGCUCUACUCCUUACGCGCCGGCCUCAAAAUGGCCGCCUUCUGGCGUCUCUGCCGCUGUUGAAUGGAGAAAGCUUUAUUGUUCCCUUCGGGCAGGAGUGUUCGUGUCCUCUAUGGCGCUGUCAAUAAAGAACGGCAGUUUGAAUCGGUGCUGAACAGCGCUGAUCCGCAGACAGCGGAUUCCGGAGGAGAGAGGGCGAGACGUCCUCGGGGCGGGGCCGCUGCCAUGGAGCUCCCCAGCUAUGGCCGGCAGCUGCUGCAGCAGCUCUACACCCUGUGCAAGGAGCAGCGCUUCUGUGACUGCACCAUUUCCGUUGGCACCAUCUACUUCCGGGCCCACAAGCUCGUCCUGGCCGCGGCCAGCCUCCUGUUCAAAACCCUGCUGGACAACACCGACACCAUCUCCAUCGACGCAUCUGUGGUGAGCCCCGAGGAGUUUGCCCUCUUGCUGGAGAUGGUGUACACCGGCAGGCUGCCCGUGGGCAAGCACAACUUCUCCAAAAUCAUCUCUUUAGCCGACAGCCUGCAGAUGUUCGACGUGGCCGUGAGUUGCAAAAAUCUUCUCACCAACCUCGUGAGCUGCUCCGUUCAGGGCCAGGUGGUGCGGGAUGUCUCCGCACCGUCCUCAGAGUCACUCAGGAAGGAGCCCGAGAAGCCCGAGGUGGAAAUCCUUUCCCCCGAGGGUGCUGCAGAGCCUCGCUGUUCCCCGGAGGAUUCUGCCCCUCCGGGGGGCCCUGUGAAAGCCGAGACCGAGGAGGCGGUCCAUACGGUCGCACGGGAGAUGAGCGUGGGUCCUUCCACCGCCCAGGAGAUUCCGGGGAAUGCAGACGCCCCGGUGGAGGCUCCUUGUACAGCUGAAGUUUGUUCCCCCUCCCCUGCCGGACAAGCCCUUAGUGCGGCGAAGGAGGCGAGCACGGAACCAGAGUAUGAGAGGAAACGCCAUGAGCUGAAUUUUCUUCUAGAAAAUGAAAGUAUCUUCUCUGAUGCACUCUUGGUUACCCAGGACGUUUUAAAAAGACUAGAAGAAUGUUCAGAAAUUAAAGGUGCACAGGAGGAGACUAUAAUGGGGUGUCUUGAGGGUGAAGAAGGACGUUCAGCAUUCCAGAGAAUCCUGGAUAAAGUAAGAGAUGAGAGCCUGGAUGUUCAGACUGUCGUGUCUCUGUUGAGGCUGUACCAAGAUUCCAAUCCUGCAGUAAAGGCGGCGUUGUUACACAGAAAGCCAGAAGACGUACAAGCAGCGCAGCCAAAAGGGAGCACAGAGGAGGGGAAGACCUUGUCUGCUCUGUUACUGGAACACAAAGAGGACCUGAUCCAGUGUGUCACACAGCUGAGACCCAUCCUGGAGUUCCUGGAAACAGCCAAGGAGGAACUCCUAACUGGCGCUGAGAGAAGGGUGAUCCUGAAUUGCUGCGAGGGCGGGACCCCCAAGGAGACCGUAGAAAAGCUGCUGCACAGAAUGUCUGAAGACAAGACUCUGACUGCAGAGAGUUUGGUAAAACUCCUUCAGGCUGUGAAACCGACGUCCCCAAACUUGGGCCUUCUGCUGGAGAAUUUGCAGAAAUUAGCCACUUCGCCAGGCACCACAGUCCAAGCAAGCCCUGAUGAUUAUGGGACUGAGCUGUUGAGACGAUAUCACGAAAACCUUUUGGAGAUUUUCACAGACAACCAGACAUUACUAAAAAUGAUCCCACACAUGAAGGGUUUAGCCCCUGGAGAGAGAGAGGUCAUGGAGAAGCUUGUGAAACAGGACUCUGGCUCGGGUGGUUUCAGUUCUCUGAUGUCAGCAGUUCUAGAAAAGCAGACUGUCUCUGCAACAGCCAUUUGGCAACUGCUGCUGGUGGCUCAGGAGACAAAGACCUGCCCGUUGAACCUGCUCAUGGAGGAAAUACGAAGGGAGCCUGGUGCCGAUGCUUUCUUCCGGGCAGCGACCAACCCAGAAAGUGUGGCCUUAGAAGCCAUGCUAAGGCAUCGCAGACUGAUUCUAGAGGCCAUCCAACAAGGGACUGGACUCAAGUGCUUUACCGCAGAGGAGGAGCAGCUGGCAGAGGCUGUGAAGGAGAUUCUGAGCAUUUCCCCUGAGACAGCCAGCCCUGAAGCUUCCCUGAAAGCAGUGCUGAGCAGAGCCACGGAAAAAUCUGUCGCGGCCGUUGAAAUAUGUUCCCUCCUGUGCAGUGUCCACAGAUCUUUCCCAGGCCUGCAGCCUGUCAUGCAUGAGUUGGCAUACACUGGCUUCCUUACUCAGGAAGGUGGAGAGAAGGAAAGGUGGAAAGUGAGCAGUAAAUUUCCCCGCGCAGCCAACGACCGAACAGAUGAGAAGGUAGCCGAGCCAGCGGAGGAAGGCUGCCGGUCUGGGAAGCAGAGCAGUCAAGGAGAGACCGGCUCCUUGCCAGAGCCACAAGCGAAAAACACGUCUGCCUCCCCCGACCCUGCCAAGAAGAGCUUCGUCUGUAAGGCCUGUGACAAAAGCUUCCAUUUCUACUGCCGUCUGAAGGUGCACAUGAAGCGCUGCCGGGUGGCCAAGAGCAAACAGGUGCAGUGUAAGGAGUGCAGCGAGACCAAGGAGUCUAAGAAGGAGCUGGAAAAACAUCAGCUGGAGGCCCACGGUGGAGGAGGAGAGCCCGAUGCCCCGAAGAAGAAGAAGAAGAGGCUUCCAGUGACAUGUGACCUUUGUGGGAGAGAAUUUGCCCACGCCUCAGGCAUGCAGUACCACAAACUGACAGAGCACUUUGAUGAGAAGCCUUUCUCCUGUGAAGAGUGUGGGGCAAAGUUUGCGGCCAAUUCUACCCUGAAGAACCACCUCCGCCUUCACACUGGGGACCGCCCGUUCAUGUGCAAGCACUGCCUCAUGACCUUUACCCAGGCCUCUGCCCUGGCCUACCACACCAAGAAGAAGCACUCGGAAGGGAAAAUGUAUGCCUGCCAGUAUUGUGAUGCUGUGUUCGCCCAGUCCAUUGAGCUGUCCCGCCACGUGAGGACCCACACCGGGGACAAGCCAUAUGUCUGCAGGGACUGUGGCAAGGGCUUCCGGCAAGCCAAUGGCCUGUCCAUCCACCUGCACACCUUUCACAACAUAGAAGAUCCCUACGACUGCAAGAAAUGCCGGAUGAGCUUCCCCACCCUGCAGGACCAUCGCAAGCACAUCCACGAGGUCCACUCCAAGGAGUACCACCCCUGCCCCACGUGCGGGAAGAUCUUCAGCGCCCCUUCCAUGCUGGAGCGGCACAUGGUGACCCACGUCGGGGGGAAGCCCUUCAGCUGCGGGAUCUGCAACAAGGCCUACCAGCAAUUGUCUGGUUUGUGGUACCACAACCGGACCCACCACCCUGAUGUGUUUGCCGCUCAGAAUCAUCGAUCUUCCAAAUUUUCAUCGCUCCAGUGCGGCUCCUGUGACAAGACCUUUUCCAACACCGUCGAACACAAGAAGCACAUCAAAGCAGAGCAUGCAGAUGCGAAGUUCCACGAGUGUGACCAGUGUAAGGAGCUCUUCCCCACACCGGCUUUGCUGCAGGUUCAUAUCAAGUGCCAGCAUUCAGGGUCGCAGCCGUUCAGGUGCUUGUACUGUGCGGCUACUUUCCGCUUCCCGGGAGCACUGCAACACCACGUCACCACGGAGCACUUCAAGCAGUCAGAGAGCACCUUCCCCUGUGAGCUCUGCGGGGAGCUCUUCACCUCGCAGGCCCAGCUUGAUGGCCACUUGGAAUCUGAACACCCAAAGGUGACGGGCUCUGAGACUCAAGCAGCAGCCUCACAGGUGAUCCAAACCCCAGAGCCGGCGGCCCCGACAGAGCAGGUGAUCACCUUGGAGGAGACCCAGCUUGCUGGGUCACAGGUGUUUGUGACCUUGCCGGAUUCACAGACGUCUCAGACCAGCUCUGAGCUUGUGGCGGUGACCGUGGAGGAUUUGCUAGAUGGUACCGUGACCCUCAUCUGUGGCGAGGCCAAGUGAGUGGCUGCCCAUCCAGGGGAGGGCCCUGCGUUUGCCGCAGAGAGAACGCUCCGCAGCUUUGCCCUUUGCCCUCCGCCCCCGGCUGGCCCGAGUAGUGGGCAUCUUAGCCUCCACCAACUGGAACACUCUCGCUUCGGUCUCAUAGAACCAACA